AGCGUGGCAGUUACUUCACGAGAAGCGGUGUUGUUGCGUGUUUGCUCUCUGUGCUACAAGUGUUCGCCUCGAAACACGUCAACAGACAUCAUGGAAAUAUUCUCGUGUGUCAGCCGAAGUCCUGUGGCAACGUGUUUGUUACUGUUUACCGUUGUAACAACGGUAAUCGCAGCUACGGACGGAUCCUCUGAGAAAAAUUCAGCAAGUGAAAGCACAAGUUCUGAGACAACGGAAAAACUCAAGAACGAAAUCUUGUACACACCAGAGGUAUGCACUACGAAGUCCAAGAACGGUGAUAUGCUUACGAUGCAUUAUAAAGGAACUCUUCAAGAUGGAACAACUUUCGAUUCCAGUUAUGACCGUGACCAGCCAUUCACCUUCCAGCUGGGUGUCGGUCAGGUGAUCAAGGGCUGGGACCAGGGGCUCACGGAUAUGUGCGUUGGUGAGAAGAGGAAACUUACUAUCCCACCUCAUCUGGCUUACGGUGACCGAGGUGCUGGCAACGUCAUUCCACCAGGUGCCACCCUCACAUUCGAAGUGGAUCUGAUCAACAUUGGUGACACCCCACCACCAGUGAACGUGUUCAAGGAGAUCGAUGCUGACAAGGACCUCAUGCUAUCCCGCGAAGAGGUGAGCGAGUACUUGAAGAAGCAGAUGGUUGCUGCAGACCAGGAAGGUGUUGCUGAAAGCGAAGAAGUCAAGAGGAUGUUGGAGGACCAUGACAAGUUAGUGGAGGAGAUCUUCCAGCAUGAGGACAAAGACAAGAAUGGCUUCAUCUCACACGAUGAGUUUUCAGGUCCCAAACACGAUGAACUCUGAAACACUCCGCGGGUCAAAUAGUGGAAUUCCCAAUGGAUACUGCACAAGAUUCAGGGUGUUCAAUGGUGCACAUUGAAAUAAACUACAACGAAAUUAAUUUCUGGGGAACAAAAAUACAACAUGAAACACAAAUGUCUGAAUUGGUAAAAUGGAAGGGACAGUAGUUCAUGUGCACUGUGAUGCCAGUUCAUGAAGAUGACUCACCAGAUGUGGUUGUUAUGCACUCUCUUAGUGCAAUAAUCCUUUUAUAUACAGACUACACAUGACAAAAACACUGAAAAACAUGGCAGGAGAAUGAAAUACGGAGAUCACCUUCAUGUUUUAUUCACAUUUUGAAUAUGGUGCUGGCAUUUAACUAUUUCAGCAUUUACUUCGAUGUUAUCUUCUAUUCAGAUAGGAAUGAUUCUGAUCAUGAAAGAUUGAUUUUAUUUUUUAAGAUUUUAUUGACCUUAAGUUUGAAGUGGUAGGCUGUUAAUAGUAUGCAGCUUUUUGAACAUUCCCUUUAUUGAUAUUAAACUGAUUUAUCCUUAUCUAAAGACUGUUUUACACUGCAAAUGAACUCGGAAGCAAUUUUUAAAUUACUAAAAAGUGUAAUGAAUUUUUAAAAGCUAUUUGUGUGUUGUUAAAGUUGGAAGCGGUUAAAUAAAAUAAUUGUAUUUUA